AUGUUUCCUAAGAACUGCUGGGCCUUGCUAGUCGUUCCUUGCGUUUUGUUUGCUAGUGGCUUUCCAGCUCCAGUCCGCGGCGAGGGGAUUGUCAUUGCUGAACGCGAUAUAAAUGCCGGACUGGGACAAGGAGUCAACUCUGAUCUGACGGGUGCCAUGCUCAUGGCGCGGCAAUUGGGCGACCCCACCUCCAAUCGUGAUGGAACAACUCGCGGUUCCCUGACCACUACUGUGACACUGAGUACCUGUCCAACUUCCACCUCACAAUCCCUCUCGACUGCCAUAUGUGACAUUGCAACUGCUCUCUGUGCAGCCUGUCCUCCAAGUGUGGUCACCAUCACAAGCACAGCGACUAUUACAAUUGGCAGCGCCCCCCCAGCAACUGUCAUAAGGACCGUCACCGAAUGUCCUAGCCCCAUUACUACGAGUACAUCUACCUCCUCGUCCCGACCACUCUCAAGCUCGGCCACUCCGACUCCCAGCUCCAGCAUUCGACCUAGAAGUUCCUCAAUCAUACCAUCCUCGAGUUCAGUCAUUCCUUCGAGAUCCAGUGGUCGACCUAGCACCACCGCCACCAGUGUCACGACUACACACGACUCAACUCCCUUGGGCCGUAGUUUCAGCAGCCCUAUAUCCCCUCGCACCACUACCAGCAGCACUCUGUUGACCCACCCCACAUCGACAGAAACUGUCCGAACGAUCAGCCCGCGCGGUGGAGGCACCACGACCACCACACGACGCAAUCCUCCCGGUAUAGUCCGACGCGAGAUGAUGGGAAGCAUCACUGCAAGAGUCACUAACACGACCAGAACUUUUGCGAAUGCGACGACGAGUGGUCCACUUAAUUUAACGGCCAUUCGGACGGAAACAACCACGACCACCACUGGGGUCUUUCCGCGUUUCCAACGCAUCAGGUAUCGGUACUAGGUCGAAACAACCCCUCGACAAUCUCAAGGCUUGAUGGGCAAAAAAUUCCACAC